UAGCAUUUUCAGACAGGCCGGCGAGUUAGCCAUUACUGCACUGUACCUCUCUCUUGUGCGUGUGAGAGUUUUGUGUGUGAAGAAGUGUCUGUCUGACCAAGCUCCAUCAGAUUGUAGUUGGUAGUUUUAAGGGAAUAGUUUCCAAAUAAUUCAGCAAAAAGACAAUGACUUCCUUGCAACACGUGAAUCCCAGAGUGAGGGGGAUCAGAGUCUCACCACACAGUAGACUGAGUCUGGCUGCAGAUAUCACACAAAAGAUCGCACUGGGAGCGCAGAAACCCUCUAAAGAGGUGAUCGAUGUCAGCUCAGGUGAUCCUCACAAAGCAGGAAUGAAGCCUGUCUCAUUAGUUCGCCAGGCGUUGGCAGUGUGUCUGUACCCUCAGCUGCUGAAAGACAACAAUCUUCCUCUGGAUGUCAGGCAGAGGGCUCAGAGGCUCCUGGAGGUCUGUGAUGGAGGAAGUGUGGGUUCCUAUACAGACUCCUCUGGCAUGCCUCACAUCAAACAAAGCAUCGCUGAGUUCAUCAUGAGACGAGACGGUGGAGUGCCUUCACGCGCCAAAGACGUCUUCAUUUCUGCUGGUUCCCAAAGGGCCCUGACGGUGGUUGUGAAGCUGCUGGCCAGUGGCGAGGGGGAGACUCCGACAGGCGUGCUGACCCCAACGCCCUGCCCACACACCCUGCCCAUGCUGCUGGACGAGGCCGGGGUGACGGCGGUGCUGUACCAGCUGAUGGAGGACAGAGGCUGGGCUUUAGACCUCGACGAGCUGCACCGAGCUAUGAAGACCGCCAGGGGGCGCUGCAAGCCCAGAGCCAUUUACAUCAGCAACCCAGGAAACCCCACAGGUCAUGUGCAGGACAGGAAGUCGAUACAGGAAGUGAUUCAGUUUGCAGCAGCUGAGAGGCUCUUACUGUUGGUUGAUGAGGUGUACCAGGACAGCGUGUAUGGACGGGGCAGAGAGUUUAUGUCCUAUAAGAAAGUCCUGUUUGAGAUGGACAAAGAGUACUCAGAGACAGUGGAGUUGAUCUCCUUCCACUCUCUAUCCAGCGCCUGCACGGGAGAGUGUGGUCUGAGGGCAGGAUACAUGGAGGUGGUCAACAUGGACCCAGAGGUGAUGCAUUUUGUCGACACUAUGCUGUGCAGCGAUAUCAGUGCUCCAGUCACAGGACAACUUGCUCUGGAUAUCAUGGUCAACCCACCGAAACCUGGAGACCCCUCCUACGGCACGUACACACAGGAGAUUCUCCUCACGCGGGCCACUUUGUCCCAGAAUGCUCAGCGGGCUCAGGAGUUCCUGAGCAAUCUACCAGGGAUGAGCUGUCAGCCGGUGAUGGCGGGAAUCUACCUGUAUCCCCGCCUGCAUUUACCGUCUGAGAUUAUAGAGCAGGCCAAGAUAUUGGAGGUGGAGGCAGAUGUUCUGUACUGUCAGAGGUUAUUGGAGGAAGAAGGAGUGUUUGUAGGAGCAGGAUGUCAGUAUGGUGAAACAACUGGCAAACACCAUCUGAGGUUAUGUAUCCUUGUUCCUCCCGACGCCCUGGAGGAGGUCCUGGCUCGCCUCAGUUCCUUUCACCUACGUCUUAUGGAUACACUUCCUCACCCUGACAGAGCUGUGAGGGACAGAGACAUAUCAGACGUAUUGUGACCCAAUACGUAGCCCUCUGUGAUUAAAGUGGCAAGCAUUUCUAAAGGCUCAUGGUUUUUUGCUCAAAGGAACACAACAAAGAUAAGAAUCCACACCCUCAAAUUUGUGCAAAAAUCCUUUGCUUUUCUUUCUUCUUCUCUUUACACAUAUAAUAAAAAUAUUCUUGUUUUACAGACAGAUUCGUAUAUAGCCUACAUCAACCAAAACAGAGGAAUAACAAAAAAAGAAAGAAAGAAUGUCCUCAUUAAUGUAUACCAUGCUGCUAGUGUGGUUUAAAACACUGAUUCAUUAGCAUCUUCACAGUUUCAGCCAAUAGAUCCUUUUUUCUGCCAAUAGAUCCUCCUAAGUGAUACACACUGGACCUUUAAAUGUAUAAUCUAUUGUCCUUGUUGCACAUUUAUUACCCUGUAAAACACUGAAUUGCCCUAGUGUGAUGAAAUGUGCUGUACAAAUAAAGUU